AAAGCCCUGUUGGUGAUGGCUGAAAGCCAGGAAGGGCUCCUCCGCAAGGGAAGGAAAGGAAAGGAGAUGGGGUUCUUGCAACUGCGCACUCGAUGUUUUGACGUGCGGAUCCAACCCUUGCAGCAGCACGUGCAGCUUCCCCACAUACAGUUCCCUCACCAUCAGCCCAACUGCUGGAGAUCUCUGUCGUCAUGCCGCAGCGUCAGUAGUCUCUUCGGAAUUGCCACUGCGUCUGCCCAUCUGUAUUUUGAGUUCAUGCACAUUUCUGGUUCAUUGUUGUUGGGCGAAUUGUCGGAGCUGGGUGGUGUAUAUUUCGUCGUGACUGGGAGCCCUGCCCUUCUUUGUGCUGGAGCUGUUUCAAUCUCGCCAAAACCCGCGCAGUUCGUCCCCAUGGAUUCUUCCACUCCCUUCUCGAAUUGGGUCCUUCUUGGCAUCGUCUGCAUUUUCACCGCCUCUGCAUGCGUGACGAGCGAGCACUUGGCUAUGGAGUCCGGCGCGAAGGCCACCGGAUACAAAAAUGGAAAGAGGAAAGUGAUCGAGCACGCGGUGCUGUUUCAGUUGAAGGCUGACACACACACCAAGGUGAAGGAGGACAUGGUGCGGGGGUUGGCCGAUCUGAAAGAAGAUUGUCCAGAAUGGGUGGUAGCGGAGUCUGCAGGCCAGAUACUCCAACCCAGCCAAGCAAAAGGUGCAAGCGUUGGACUGUUCAUGCGUUUGUUUUCGACGAGGGAUCUUGAUGUUUACUUUGCCAGCAAGCAGAAGAACGACAUGGCUAGCAAAUACAUUGUGCCAUUCAUGACGGGUGAGAUCACGCUGGAUUACGAGGCAGAAGUGGACGACAAUGACGAAUCUGUCUAUAGACAAGGACAUGCGUUUGAGAACGGGGCAGAACGUAUUAUCGGGAUAAAGGUGACAAAUGGGACGUCCAAAGACGAAACGGAUUCCAUGAUGAAGUCCUUGAACGAUCUGAACGAUGCACCGGAGCUCAGGUCCCUUCUGGUUCAGAUAACUGCUGGAACCAAUUUCUGUGCCCGGGACCAACGUUACACGCACGGCGUCGUGGUGAGAUGUCCUUCAUUGAAAGCCUUGCAGGAGUACACAGCACACCCACGCGUGAUGGAGGUGAUUGCGAAGACAGUGUGGCCGAUUGCAGAGAAAAUCCUCACUGCGGACUAUAUUGUGGAUGCUUCAGGCAGCAGGAGAUCCUCCUUGUAGUUAGCGAUCUUUGAGUGAACAUGAUGUUGGUGAUGGGCAGUAGGAACGAGUGUGAGCAUGUUGCCAGUAGGAGCGUGCUCUAUGCACCAGAACAAUGCGCAUUUCGUGAACCAUACUCCACAUAAUGACUACACAUUAACAAUCAUUUUGAUUUUGCAUUCAUCUCAA